AAUAACAUAGGAAAGUGAAAAAUAAAUGAAAAAUACAAUUAUUGACUCUCUGGACAAAAUAGGAAAAAGGACCAUAAGAAUGGGGGCAAUAAGAGGAGGCUAGUGUUCUGGAGGCUGCACAUUAUCACAGCAGAGAGAAGACAAGGUGUGAGAUGAUGAUGAUGAUGAUGAUGAUAAUGAUGAUGGUGAUGGUGAUGGUAGUAGUAGCAGUAACUCUUAUUUAGAGUUUAUCAUAUAACAGAACCUUUCUAAGUGCUUUACAUAUGUUACCUCAAUUAAUCCUCACCAUACCUUUGUGAAGUGGGAACCUUUAUUAUCCCCAUGUUCAGAUAAGAAAACCGUGGAGCAGAGAGAAUAUACAAUUAGUAAGUGGCCAUGCCAUGAUCUUCAUGUUGCCACCAAGUGUACCCAACAUGUCUCAUAUGGCAAUGUACUAGUCCUUUAUCUGGUCCUGGAGCUCAUGAAGUGCAAUUUCAGACAAUUGCUUCUUAUUUGACCUUGGGUUUCCCUUUUGUGUCACUCUAAGGCCAACUGGGAUUCCUAAGGCUUUCCUGUUUCACCAAAAAAGCAUUUCUUCUCCUCUUAAAGUUCUUUUUAAAACAAAACAAAACAACAACAACAACAACAACAACAAAAAUAGAAUCUCUCCUACUCCAUAUUGUCAUUUGAAAAAAUAUGAUACUUUCAGACAAGCUGAAAAAAUAGGUACAAUGAACACUUAUGUAUCCAUCACCUUCCUUUUACAAAUUGUUAAUUUUUUUGCCACUUCUGUUUUACCUUUCUAUGUAUAGGCAGAUAUAGUUUGUUUUGCAGAAUAAUUUGAAAGUUGUACUUGUUGUAACACUUUACCCCAAAAUACUUUAGCAUGUACCUCCUAGGGAUAAGGAUUAUUUCUGUUCUACUCAUAUCAUGAUAAAGUUCAAGAGUUAUAAAUUUGACACAAUUAAUAUCUAACAUACACAGUCUACAUUCAAAUUUCCCCAGUUCUAGUAGUGUCCCUUUCUAGCAUUUUCUUUAAAUUCAAAACUUGAUCUCUUGCAUUGUCUUUAGUUAUGAUAUCUCUUUUCCUUUAAUCUAUCUAGAACAGUUCUAAAGCUUGCUUUUAUUAUUGUUUUAUUUUAUUUCUUUGUUUUUGUAUUUUGCUUUUUUGUUUUCCAUCAAUGAGCUUUCAGAGUCUGGAUCAGUCACUCUGUGAAAUGUCACAGGUUCUGGAUUGAUCUGGUCCUUUUUUCUUGAUUAGAUUCAGGUUAAAUAUAUUUUGUCAUGAAUUGUAUAGGUAAUAUGAGAAUCAUUUCCUAGUAGAUUAUAGUUAAGAAAAAGAAAUGUGAGGCUCUCAAAACAGAAUGAUCUGAUAUUUUAGAAAAAUAGCUAAAUACUAAAGCCUAUGGUAGAGCACCAUCUUUGAAUGGUCAUUGAGAGUUUCUGAAGCUCAUUUCACAUAUAUUUUAUUUUAUCCUUGUAACUAUGAGAACAGUGAGGUGGAUAUAAAUGAUGAUAGUCCUGGCACAACAAAAACAUGGAUGUAUGAGUGAUUUGCUAAAUUUCUGAAAUUCAUUCCUUGGGAAGCUGAGGUUUGAAUCUAGUUUCUGGACCUUGGUUUUGGAUCUCAAUCCAUUGGUUUUUCCUACCAAGCCAAUGAAUAUUUAUUAUAGCAUAUGUUGUAAGAAAGAUAAUACAGGGUUAAGCAGGAAAGUUCUGUUUUAUUAUUUUUUUUUUAUUAAAUGAUAACAGUCAUUCAUCCUACUUGGGAAUACAACUGAUUUCAAUAUAAGUUAGGGCGUUCUAAAGGCAGCUUUCAACUUAUCUUAGACUCUCAUGAAUCUUUGGGAGCCUACAUUUAUGUAGAUUAUGUGUUUAAAGUUUGCAAAACUCUCAUGUUGUAAAUGCCAUAAGCACUUGCUGGGAAAAAAUAGUAGAGAAGCAGAAAGAAACCAAGAUGGAUAGGUUCCCACUCAGUCUCCUUAUAAACAUGCAGCAUGUUGCAUAAUAAAUACAGAUGUUAGCAAAGACAUAGUGGUAUCUUUAUUCUGUGUUUUGUACCCACAGAGAGAUGCAUGUCAGGUUAAAAAAAAAAGUGUAUUUUUUAAAUUUGUUUUUCCAGUGGUUUCAUGGGUAGGAAGAACUUGUAAAUCCACCCUGAAUAUAUAUGGGCAUUAGAUCAUGUAGGAAGGAGGCAGUGCAUUCAGAAGAGUCAGUCUUUUCCCCCAAACAUUGAGAGUUUUCUUAAAGAUUUAUUUGGGAAAUAAGUUUCAAAAAAGGAAAAGAAGUUCCUAAACUGACCGAGAUCAAAUGGAUUUCAUGUGAUUAUAAUAAAAGUUUUAUGUCAGAGUGGCCUUUAAGAAAUUCUAACAGGAGAUUUUCCCCAACCUUUGAUUUUCCCAAACUUUGUAGGAAAAGGUCAGUGGAGGUUUGGCAUUUGAAACUCCCAACACUUGUGUUUACAGACUUUUUAUAUCAAAAAGUAGCCUGGAAAAGAGAUGUACAAUCCCAUGCAUGUUGAAUGGGAACUGCUCUGGGGACAUCUGAAAUCUAGGUUCUGUCCUUUUGCUAACCAGUUGUGUGACUUUGGGGAGUUUCCAUCCUAUACGUCCUUCUACUAUACUAGAAUAGGACUAAUGAUGUCCACAAUGUGUAUUUCACAGGGAUGUUUACAUAUAAUCAAAUGAGAGUAUAUCUGUGAACUUGCUCCACAAUCAUUUAAAGUAGUUCACAUAUGUAAGCAAAUGCAUAAUUUUAGAGCUUUUGACUUAGAUGCAUAUUUCAGACUCUCUUCCUUCCUCUCCCUAUCCAACUAGUCUUUCUUUUCAGCAUUCAACAAUUUCCUCAAUGAAAAAUCCAUCUUGAUCCUUGUUCCAUGUUGUAGUGGAAUUAGUUGAGAAGGAAAAAACAUAUGUAGUUUAGGUGUAAAAUUGUGUAUGGCACCAUGUUUGAGCACACAGGCUCUGGAAGCCAAAGUUAAGGUCGUGCCUCUGUCACUUAGCAGCUGUUACCAUGGACCAGUUACAUAACCUCUUUAAGCCUCAUUUUGCUCAUCUUUGUGAAGGUCACAAUUGCUACCAUUUAGGGUGGUUGUGAGGAUUGUGUGAGGUGAUAUGUUUGUAACAAGAAUAAAAUGUGACUUUACUUUUUGCCUCCACUGUUUCUUUAAUCUCUAUUCUCUUGAUCAUCCUCUCUACUCCCUAAAAUGUAAACUUCAGUCAACCCCAUAAUUUUGUGUAGGAUAAAUGCAUUGUCCUACCAUUAUUUUAAAUCACAAACUCAGUUAAUGUAAACCAAAGUUAAAUGUAAAUAUCAUCAUUUAAAAGUCUAGUUCAAAAAAUUAACCAUAACUCUGUAUUUCAGUUAAUAUUCAGCUGUUCUCCCCUUUCCUCUAUUUCAGGUUCAAAGAGAACAGAAGUAUAAUAGGCAACUUGAUCUCUCCUCUCUGCCCUUCCAUCCCUCCCUACCCACAGCUGGGCAGAGCUGGGUGCCAGCAGGUCCAGGAGGUAGAAUGGGAUGAGAGGAUUCAUGGAGCCUAGGCCUGGUGCUUUUCUCCUGAGGCUCCUUCAUGGCUUUUCCACACAUGGCUCCCUGAUUCUGGUAGCAGAUAGAUUCCAUGUGAUCACUUCCCCCAAAUCUAAGCACUGACCCUACAGUUGCUGGAGUCCCUCCUCCCUACCAAGGAAUCCUGUGGGAUGGUGAGAUAGGACCCAACAUGCUUUCCCUUUGGGAAUCUCUUUCCCCCUAGCAAGUAUGUCUGAUACAUAGGAAAUGGUUUCCCAUCCUUUAUUGACAGAUUCUGGGGAUGCAGGCUCACCACAACAUCAAACCAUCACCCAGCUCCUCACCAACUCCAUCUCCAAACAACAGGUGAAUCUGGAUCUUGUUCUAGGAGCCGGAUCUUGGUCUAGCUCCAAGGGUCACUUGAGGAGGUGACAGGGUGCCCAAGCAAGGACAGGAAUAAUGAAGAGACACAUGUGUUAGCUGCAGCCUUUUGAACCACACAAGAAGGAAAUCAACGGUGCGGACAGGGCUGGAACCGUUGCCACACGCGUUGGAGUAAAUGAGGAAUGGGCUCGUGAUUAUGCUGACAUUCCAGCAUGAAUCUGGUAGACCUGUGGCUGACCCGUUCCCUCUCCAUGUGUCUCCUCCUACAAAGUUUUGUUCUUAUGAUACUGUGCUUUCACUCUGCCAGUAUGUGUCCCAAGGGCUGUCUUUGUUCUUCCUCUGGGGGUUUAAAUGUCACCUGUAGCAAUGCAAAUCUCAAGGAAAUACCUAGAGAUCUUCCUCCUGAAACAGUCUUAUUAUAUCUGGACUCCAAUCAGAUCACAUCUAUCCCCAAUGAGAUUUUUAAGGACCUCCAUCAACUGAAAGUUCUCAACCUGUCCAAAAAUGGCAUAGAGUUUAUCGAUGAGCAUGCUUUUAAAGGAGUAGCUGAAACCUUGCAGACUUUGGACUUGUCCGACAAUCGGAUUCAAAGUGUGCACAAAAAUGCCUUCAAUAACCUGAAGGCCAGGGCCAGAAUUGCCAACAACCCCUGGCACUGCGACUGUACUCUACAGCAAGUUCUGAGGAGCAUGGCGUCCAAUCAUGAGACAGCCCACAAUGUGAUCUGUAAGACCUCCGUGUUGGAUGAACACGCCGGGAGACCAUUCCUCAAUGCUGCCAACGAUGCUGACCUUUGUAACCUCCCUAAAAAAACUACCGAUUACGCCAUGCUGGUCACCAUGUUCGGCUGGUUCACCAUGGUGAUCUCAUAUGUGGUAUAUUAUGUGAGGCAAAAUCAGGAGGAUGCCCGGAGACACCUCGAAUACUUGAAAUCCCUGCCAAGCAGGCAAAAGAAAGCAGAUGAACCCGAUGACAUUAGCACUGUGGUAUAGUGUCCAAACUGGCAAUGAGAAAGAAAGUAGUUUGUGAUUGCAGUAGAAUAAGUGGUUUACUUCUCCCAUCCAUUGUAAACAUUUAAAACUUUGUAUUUCAGUUUCUUUUGAAUUAUGGCACUAUUGAACUUUUAACAAACACUACGACUUAACAAAUAAUUUUAGUUUAGGUGACCCACCCCCUUAAUUGUACCCCUGGUGGUAUAUUCCUGAGUAAGCUACUAUCUGAACAUUAGUUAGAUCCAUCUCACUAUUUAAUAAUGAAAUUUAUUUUUUUAAUUUAAAACCAAAUAAAAGUUUAACUUUGAACCAUGGAAAA